AAAAUAUCCCCGUCAGAUGCAUAGUCAUAACUAGUUCACCAUUUUACAACAAUGGCACGUCCACGCGCCCAUUCAGGUGCUGAGGCCUCCAAAGAGCCCCAUUCAGUCUCCUUAAAAGUUUUGCGGCUAUCGCGGCCUUCUCUGUCCUACCAGUACCCUCUUCCGGAAGCAAACACGAAGAUCUCCAACAAAGCAUCUUUGAGUUAUCCUUCCGAUAGUGUGGACAACCAGUUUAUUCUCGCCCCUAAUCUUACAUUACCUCCUGCAUUUGGGUCUGCUUAUGUUGGAGAAACAUUUGCUUGCACUCUUAGUGCGAACAAUGAGCUCACAGAAGACGAGACCUCGCGUGUUGUCACGUCAGUUCGCAUCGUGGCGGAGAUGCAAACUCCAUCUCAAGUAGCAUCUCUAGAGCUAGACCCAGCGGAUGACACAGCUGUGAGAGAUGGCCUACAAAAAGGGCAAUCAUUACAGAAGAUCGUACGAUUUGAUCUUAAGGAAGAAGGGAACCAUAUCUUGGCGGUCAGUGUUAGCUACACGGAAACGCUAAUUGGAUCAGACUCGCAAGCGGCCAGUGGGCGAGUGAGGACUUUUCGCAAACUCUAUCAGUUCGUUGCACAGCCUUGUCUUAGUGUUCGUACAAAGUCGUCCGAGUUGUCCCCGUUAGAGGUCGAGAAUAAGUCUUUAGGGCCCUAUGGAAAGACUCGGCUACUCCGCUUUGCCCUCGAAGCGCAGUUAGAGAAUGUGGGUGAUGGUGCCGUGGUUGUGAAGCAAACGAAACUGAACCCCAAACCCCCGUUCAAGGCAACCUCCUUGAAUUGGGAUCUCGCGAGGCCGGAUCAGUCCGAUUCACAACCGCCGACAUUAAAUCCACGUGACGUCCUCCAGGUUGCUUUCCUCGUUGAGCAAGAAGAAGGACAACAGGAAGGGCUAGAUGCCCUACAGAAAGAUCUGAAACAUGACGGGCGAGCGGUUCUAGGGCAAUUGUCCAUUGAGUGGAGGGGGACUAUGGGAGAUAAAGGGUUCUUGACGACCGGAAACUUAUUGACGCGAAGACGGACAUAGUAUUUACGAGGCUUAAGCUGGCCAUUCUUCGGUGUAACCUACACGCCUAUCAUCACAAGCUCUAGGGGAAUUGCCGGUCUUUAGAGAAUUUUGCUCGAAACAGUUGAUUUGCGAUCUUGUGCUGCGGUAAUGGCGCG